CAGCCCGCGCGGUAAGCACAGGGCGCGGCAUUGUCAUAGGGACAGGGCCCGGCCCCCUCCAGGCCGGCGGCGCCGCGGGUCGGCACCUACCGGUAACCACCGUGGUGCGGCGGCCGGAGGCAGGGGUCCGGCGGGGCUGGGGCGCGCCCGGUCGGCCGCUCCGGCCGUGUGGUGCUGGCGGUGGUGGCCGCGUGGCAGGCCCCCGCGGAGGGUGGCAGUGCCGGGCAGCAGGCCGAGCGGGAGGUGCGGCGCGGUGGGCAUAACCGCGUGGCGGGCGUUCCUGAGUGCGGUGCAGUGGUGCCGGGUGGUUGCCUCACAUCGGGAGCUGGGAGGAGGAGCCCGUAGUGCCAGGCACCAUGCAGGGACCGUUUCAGGGUCACGUCGGUGUACACUCGAGGCCCGGUUUCACUGCACAGUCUCUCCGCAGACUGUUCCUGGAUGAAGCUGUGUCCCUCUGUCGCCCACUCGGUGUUGUGCCCAUUUGUUUUGUGAUGCCUGUGUGCUGGCUUGUGGGGAAGGAGAAAUGCAAUCAGCGAGUGCAACUGCCCCACUUGGAAGCGGUGGUGAUUGGGCGUGGCCCAGAGACUGGGAUAACGGAUAAGAAGUGUUCACGUCAGCAAGUUCAGUUAAAAGCAGACUAUAACAAGGGGUACGUCACAGUUAAACAGAUAGGAGUCAACCCAACUAGUGUUGAUCUCGUGGAUAUUGGCAAGGAUGAAGAGGUGAAAAUGAAGCCAGGCCAAGUUCUGCAUGUUGUUAAUAAACUUUACCCCUACACGGUGCAAUUUGCUGAAGAAUCAGGGAAAACUGUUACAGAAGUAAAAAAGAAAAUACAAACCAAGAAGGUGCCAUGUGAGGAGUCCUGCGAGAAUGAUGAUGUAGAGUUUGUGCCCAGAAAAACAAUGAAGAUGGAGGUGGGGGAUACACAAUGCAGUUCUGCAAAUCCCAAGCUAAGCAAUACUGGCGUAUCUCCACGUGAAGGAACUUCGAGCAAAAAGGAACACUCAGGACACUGGAGUCAGGGUCUAAAGAGCUCCAUGCAAGAUCCAAAAAUGCAGGUUUACAAAGAUGAAAAGACUGUAGUCAUCAAGGAUAAAUAUCCCAAAGCACGUUACCACUGGCUUGUCUUACCAUGGGACCCCAUUUCAAGCCUGAAGUCAGUCACCAGGGACCAUCUUGAACUCCUGGAACAUAUGCAUGCAGUGGGGCAAAAAGUGAUCGAGGAGUGCCCUGCCAGAGAGAGCCUGGAGUUCAGACUGGGCUACCACGCUAUCCCCAGCAUGAGUCAGCUACAUUUGCAUGUAAUCAGCCAGGAUUUUGAUUCUCCAGCCCUGAAAACCAAAAAGCACUGGAACUCUUUUACUACAGACUACUUCUUAAAUUCUCAAGAUGUGAUAGAGAUGGUAAGAAGCAAGGGAAAAGUGAUGGUGAAAGGUGAUGUCUCUGAACAUCUCAAAUUGCCCCUCAGAUGCCAUCGUUGCAAGCAACAUCUAUCCACUGUCCCACAGUUAAAGGAACAUCUCAAGAACCACUGGCCAAAAUGACUUUGCAAAUAAUCAUCUUGCAGUCUGUCUUCAGAUUUCAGGCUAAAACAAAGGCCUCAGAACAUUGGUGGACAUGUGUAUUUUUUGUGAAGUGGAAUGACAAAUGUAAUGUGGGAAAAAGUAGCCUGGAAGCAGCAGCACGCUAACUUCGUAAUUGUUCAGGCAAAACCAAAAACCAACAUAAAAUAAAGUGACUUCUGAUUUGAA